AUGUCUACGUGGAAAGAGAGGCACUUCCUCUAUGCAGACAAAUGUAUACCAUGCUCGGGGUUUUCUCCCAGACCCUACCAUAAACUCGCUAUUCAAAAACCUCCACACACAGAUAUCAAAAUCAAGGUUUGCCAGAAAAUCCGUUGCCCCCUCGAGGAGGCUGUUCUUUGGCAUGUUUGGGGCUACCACACAUGGCUGGAUAUAGGGCGGCUGCCCCCCAUCUACCGCCCAAGACCCGACAAGCCUUUCGAUAGCAACACGUGGCGAUGGAUCACUGCUCCCAGGAAGCCUUCCAUGGCCGAGCCACCGGUGCCACCUCCUUCGCUCAUGGAUGGGAACAGCUACGUCAAGUUCAUCGAGGGGGAAGGCUUGUUUGUGGACUACAGGCACAAGAAGAGGGUUCUGAGCCAGUCACAGAGAGAACUGAGGCAGUGUGAGCAGCUGAAGCUGAGGAGCGAGUGUCGAGCGCCGCCUUUAGACAUUUGGGGAAAUAUUGUACCUCCCAAAGACUUCAGGUGGUACAAACAUCUGCUUUCAGGGAAGAACCUGGCUUCCCUCUGCGUUCAACUGCAGCCGGUCAGACCUCCUUCUCCAGAAUGCUGGAACGAUCCCUGUCCAAGCGCCCAACCCCACUACGAAGAUGCAGCCGUUAAGUUUGCUCUGAAGAACAGCAGCCCAAUUUACCAGGAGGUAGUGGAAAAAUACCAGGAACUGGCCCUUUUUGGGUGCCAGAUUCGCCCGGGCCCUCCUGUCCACACAAUAAACAGAGCAGCCUGA